AAUCACUUGACAUGUGAAAUGUUACCUGGUUAACACUUUUAGCUAUGUUAAACUUAUCUCAGCGUUGAUAUAACUGAAGCUGGAUAAAACAUCAAAAGCUAAAGCUUAGUUUUUAAAAUUAUUUUGUUUAUUGUUAUUAUAUAGAAUAAUUCUAUUAAAUUACUUUAAUUGAAAUUACUAAUAUUUAUUCUUCUAUUACAGAAUUUCUACUCUUUUAUAUUCGAAUUUUAAAUUGAAAUAUUUAAUUUUUAUUAACUUAAUCACAGAUUUUUUUUCACUCAUUAUGCCAAGUGGAGAUAAAAUGAUUAAUAAAAAUUUUUUAAGAGCUUUUUGGAGUAAAAGAACUAAGAUUGAAAAACGUCUAUUAAUAAUAAAUACUACUCUUUCUAUACUCAUUUUAUGUAUCAUCAUCCCAUUAUUGAUCAUAAUUUUUAAAAAAGGAAAAAAUUAUACAUUAUCUCAAGUUUCUGUCUGCACAACAACUGACUGCACAGAAAGAAGUCAGCAACUUAGAAAAUGGAUAAAUAAUUCUGUCGAUCCAUGUGAUAAUUUCUAUAGUUACUGUUGUGACGGAUGGAUACGUGACCAUCCCUUACCUGAAAAUAACAUAAUUUUUGGCCCUUCUGAAGAAUUGGAAAUGAGCAUUGCAUUAAAAAUUAAUGAUCUUCUAUCAAAUUUAGAAUUGGAUAAAUAUUCGUUAAUACCAGUAAAUAAGACUGUAACAUUUUUUAGAGCGUGUUUAGAUAAUGAAAGUAUCGAAUCGAGAGGAUCCAAGCCCUUUCUUAAUUUAAUAAAAGAAUUCGGAGGUUGGCCAAUCAUAUCUUCCGAUUGGAACGAUAAAGAUUUUGAUUGGCUGAAUGCUAUUACCUGGUUAUUAAGAAAAACAGCUACUGGUUAUAUCGUUCGAUUUAUAAUUUCGCCUGAUAUCAAAAAUACAUCUUAUAAUAUCAUACAGCUAGAUAAACCUAGUUUGAGUCAAAGAACAAGUAUUUUAUUAAAUUCUUCCAAUGAAGAAAGCCGAAAAACGCUCAAGAAUUAUAAAGAACACAUUAAAAAUAUGAUAACAUUAUUAAACGUUAGAAAGGAUCCGAAUGAAGACUUGGAUAAAGAUAUCGAAGAAAUAAUUGAUUUUGAGAGAAAAUUAGCAGAGAUAGGAAAAAUCGGAGAUGAUCCUUUCAAAAACGAUCUAGUAAUUGCUGAAUAUACAAGCUCUCAGUUAUUCAGGUCACUUCGAAAGAAGCCUAAGAUGACGGAUUGGUCAGUAAUGCCUCUAACAGUAAAUGCUGCUUAUGAUCAAAAUCAAAAUUCUAUCACUGUUCCAUUAGGAAUUUUACAAAUUCCUUUCUAUAACAGGAAAUUGCCAAAGUAUUUAAAUUAUGCGGCGAUAGGUGCAAUUAUUGGGCAUGAAAUGACACAUGGAUUUGAUACUAAAGGAAGAGAAAGAAAUGCAGAAGGAAUUAAUAUUAACUGGUGGUCAAAUAAAUCUAGAGAGGAAUUUACUAAAAGAACCCAAUGUUUUAUUGAACAAUAUAAUUCCUACGGAAUUAACGGAAUACAAACUUUAGCUGAGAACAUUGCUGAUAAUGGUGGAAUUAAAUUAGCUUAUUCGGCAUACAAGAAAUUAAAUGAUAAUCAAGAACCGUUAAAAGUUUUGCCGAAUUUUCAAACUUAUACUUCGGAUCAGCUAUUUUUCUUGUCAUAUGGCUCGAUGUGGUGUACUCAGUAUAAUCAAAUUGGUUGGAAUCUUAUAAACAAAUUAGAUCACAGUCCUUCAAUUUAUAGACAGAUUGCUAACUAUUUAGGAUGGAGAAUCAUGGAAAAGCAAUACAAUCAUUUGCCUGAAGUAUUUAAGGAGGAAAUGUUAAGAUAUAAAAAUAUUUCGAGCAAUCUUGCUUUGCAACGAUGGAAAAUAUGUGUCACUUUAACCAAUAUUGCCUUUGGUUAUGCAGUCGCACAUUCAUAUAUUUCACAUUUCUUUUCGGAUAUUUCAAAAUGUGAUAUUAAAGAAAUGGUUGAUGAAAUUAAAUUUACUUUUAAAAACGUUAUUGAAAAUACAAAAUGGAUGGACAAUGAAACAAAAAAUGAAGCAAUAAAAAAGAUAGAAUUCAUGAGCGAUAACGUUGGAUACCCCGAUUGGAUUAUGGAUAAAAGACGGUUAAACGAAUUCUAUGAAAAUAUAGGAAAAAUCGGAGAUGAUCCUUUCAAAAACGAUCUAGUAAUUGCUGAAUAUACAAGCUCUCAGUUAUUCAGGUCACUUCGAAAGAAGCCUAAGAUGACGGAUUGGUCAGUAAUGCCUCUAACAGUAAAUGCUGCUUAUGAUCAAAAUCAAAAUUCUAUCACUGUUCCAUUAGGAAUUUUACAAAUUCCUUUCUAUAACAGGAAAUUGCCAAAGUAUUUAAAUUAUGCGGCGAUAGGUGCAAUUAUUGGGCAUGAAAUGACACAUGGAUUUGAUACUAAAGGAAGAGAAAGAAAUGCAGAAGGAAUUAAUAUUAACUGGUGGUCAAAUAAAUCUAGAGAGGAAUUUACUAAAAGAACCCAAUGUUUUAUUGAACAAUAUAAUUCCUACGGAAUUAACGGAAUACAAACUUUAGCUGAGAACAUUGCUGAUAAUGGUGGAAUUAAAUUAGCUUAUUCGGCAUACAAGAAAUUAAAUGAUAAUCAAGAACCGUUAAAAGUUUUGCCGAAUUUUCAAACUUAUACUUCGGAUCAGCUAUUUUUCUUGUCAUAUGGCUCGAUGUGGUGUACUCAGUAUAAUCAAAUUGGUUGGAAUCUUAUAAACAAAUUAGAUCACAGUCCUUCAAUUUAUAGAGUUAUGGGCUCUUUAUCUAAUAUGAAGGAGUUUUCAGAAGCUUUUAAAUGUAAAAAGAAUGACAAAAUGAAUAGCAGGAAGAAAUGCUCAAUAUGGUGAUUUUCGUUAUCUUCGAUAUUUUUUUUCUCUUGAAAGACAGAAUCGGUUUAUCUUUUUAUGCUUUUAUUGUGAGAUAAAAGGAAUAUUUUGUUCAAUGUUAUUUUCAUAUGAAAAAUAUUUAUAAGGAGAGAAUUCAUACGUUUUUCUUGUUAGCUAACAUAUAUAUAUUUUUUUCAUUUAUUGUAUAUAUUUGUUGUUAUAAGCAAAAUAUUCCUAUUUAUCCAACUAAAUAUAAAUUACAUUUAAAU